AUCACGUGCCUACAGCCGCCUGGGAGAGGGCGCAGGUCGCCAGUGGCGGCAGAGGGUGGGCUCUGCAGCUGGCCGUGUCCUCCCGGAGCGGAGUCCGUGCACCGGCAGGAUGUCCCUCGGUGCCUAUUGUGUCAUCUGUUGCAGAAGAAUAGGAACCUCGGCUUCCCGUUUAAGAAGUCACACGUCCUGGAGGAACAUCCGGAAUAUAAUAAGAUUUACUGGAUCCUUCAUUUUAGGGGGUUCUUUAUUUCUUACUUAUGAAGUUCUGGCCCUGAAGAAAUCUUUAACAUUAGACACUCAGGUGGUAGAAAGAGAAAAAAUGAAGUCUUAUAUCUAUGUGCGCACAGUUCCUGCAGACAAGGUAGAAACUCACGGGCUUGUUUGGCAGGCAAGAAAAGAACUUCACAAAGCAGUAAGAAAAUUGUUGGCAGCAUCAGCCAGGGUACUGCGGAACCCGUUUUCUGGCCCUUUCAGCACGGCUGACAUAGAAGAUCAUGACUGCGCAGUGUGGCUGCUCCUAAGGAAGAGCCAGGAGGAGGACAGAGCCGCACGACUGCAGGCCGUGCGGGAAAUGUCACAGGCCCACCACUGGCACGAUUAUCAGUACAGGGUAAUUGCUCAAGCCUGUGACCCAAGGACCCUUAUUGGUUUGGCACGAAGCAAAGAAAGUGAUCUUCGUUUUUUUCUCCCACCCCCUCCUUUGCCAUCUUUAAAAGAAGAUUCCUCCACUGAAGAGGAACUCAGGCAUUUGCUGGCUUCUUUACCUCAGACAGAGCUCGAUGAGUGUCUCCAGUAUUUUACUUCCUUGGCUCUUAGUGAAAGCAGCCAGAGCCUGGCUGCGCAGAAGGGAGGACUGUGGUGCUUUGGAGGAAAUGGGCUUCCUUAUGCAGAAAGCUUUGGAGAAGUUCCCUCGGCCACGGUGGAAAUGUUCUGCUUGGAAGCUAUAGUAAAGCAUUCAGAGAUACCCUCACACUGUGACCACAUUGAGGCAGGCGGGGGCCUGCAACUACUGCAGAGACUCUACCAGCUUCACAAGGACUGCCCCAAAGUACAGAGAAACAUCAUGAGGAUCAUUGGAAACAUGGCCUUGAACGAGCAUCUUCACCCUGCCAUAAUCCACUCAGGCUGGGUUUCUAUAAUGGCAGAAGCUUUGAAAUCAUACCACAUCAUGGAGGCUUCCCAUGCUGCCAGAACCCUGGCCAAUCUAGACCGAGAAACUGUGCGUGAGAAAUACCAGGAUGGGGUGUACGUUCUCCAUCCCCAGUGUCGGACCAGUCAGCCCAUUAAAGCCGAUGUCCUUUUUAUUCAUGGCCUGAUGGGAGCAGCAUUUAAAACCUGGCGCCAGCAGGACAGUGAACGGGUUCUACUGGAAAAUGCUUUUGUGGAUGAGGACAGGUAUACUACGUGCUGGCCUAAGACAUGGCUAGCAAAAGACUGUCCUGCGCUUCGCAUCAUAUCUGUGGAGUAUGACACCAGCCUCAGCGACUGGAGAGCCAGGUGCCCCAUGGAGAGAAAGUCCAUUGCAUUCAGAAGCAACGAACUUCUCAGCAAGCUCAGAGCUGCUGGUGUUGGGGAUAGGCCAAUGAUUUGGAUAUCACAUAGCAUGGGAGGUCUUCUUGUCAAAAAGAUGUUGUUGGAAGCCUCUAAGAAGCCAGAACUGAGCUCUGUCAUAAACAAUACCAGAGGAAUGAUUUUUUACAGUGUCCCUCACCACGGAUCACAUUUGGCUGAAUAUUCGGUUAAUAUUCGAUAUCUUCUCUUUCCUUCUUUGGAAGUCAAAGAACUCAGCAAGGAUUCUCCUGCACUUAAGGCGCUACAGGAUGACUUUGUGGAGUUUGCGAAAGACAAGAACUUCCAGGUGCUGAAUUUUGUAGAAACACAGCCAACGUUUAUCGGCAGCAUGAUUAAGCUACAUAUAGUGCCCGUGGAGUCAGCAGACUUAGGCAUUGGGGAUCUAAUUCCUGUGGAUGUCAACCACUUGAACAUCUGUAAGCCGAAGAAAAAGGAUGCAUUUUUGUAUCAGCGUACCCUACAGUUCAUCCGUGAAACGUUAGCCAGAGACCUUGAGAAGUGACAGCUGCUGUCUUCCAUCCUCCGUGUGAAUACAGUACAGGAACCAUGGUACCCUCUUUUUAGGCUCCGUGCGGUUCUCUGCAGACACGUGGUAGCCUGGUCUGCCAGUGUGCAGAAGCAGAAGGCAGCUUUUCACAGAGUGCUGGGACAGAGCCGCCGUGACCAGAGUGCCUGUCCGCCUGCGACCAUCCUAGAUUAUCCCAGAGCCCUGCCAGGCCACUCAGCGUACCAUGCACAUGCUGUUUGGAGAGAACAAGCUAGAACGUACAGAGGCUGUUUUCCUCGUGUGUGCCGUGGGCUAUACGUUCUAGUACCAAUUUUUACCCGUUAAUGUGUCAGCUACAUAUUUGGCACUCCCUCACUGCUUGCACACCGGUGUAUGUGUGGUCUUGCACGCUUCCAUUUUUCCUUCUUGCUGAGAACAGUCUUUUUUUUUUUUUUCCUAAAAAUUCUUUCUAGGCUAUUUUACCUAGUUCUGCAGUAAUGUGCUCUGGAUCCAGAGAGGGUAAGGAUCAGCAUAUGAAAAUGACUGUGUGAAGCUAUCAGAUAGACUAACCGAGCGCUAUCAGGACUCCGAUUCUCUGGCUACAAAAGGGACAGCUUUCCUUUGUCUUCCCUAGCGGUACUUCCGGCGUGGGAAAGUAGGAAGUCAUGCUCAUGAACCUUUUUUGUGUUUGAGUAAUAGCAUUAUUGACAUGAAAUUCAUUUCUUUCUUUCCUUUUUUUUUUUUAAAAUUUUUUUUGGUUUGUGGUGCUAGGGUCACACCCAGACAUUGUGCAUGCUAGCCAAGUACUCUGCCAGUAAACUAUGUUCUCAGCCCCCAGUUUCCCAUCUCACUGAUGUUUGGUUUAUUCAAGUUACCAGCAAUCACCACUGUCCAAUUUUAGACUAUUUUAUCACCCUCAAAGAAGCUUACUGAGCAGCAGUUUCCUCUCCUCUGUCCCAGCCCUCUGGUAGACACUAACAUACUUUCCACAGUUAGGAUUUGCCUAACUAUGCCUUCACCUUGUUGAUUUUAGCAUAGUGAAAAUCUUGCAUUGAUCCUUUCCUGUUUCUGUUUCCUCACUGCCAUGAGGUGAGCAGUUUGGCUAAUCCUACCAUUCUGCCAUGUGGCCCUGUCUCACUCAGUGGGACCAGAGACCACUGACUGAAACCAUGAGCCAAAGUAACUCUUUCUUCCCUGAGCUCCACUGCCCAGGUGUUUGUCAUAGCAGUGAAGGUGAAUACAGUUCUGCUCUAAAACUGAGACCCAAAAAGAGCUAUCCAGUAUGUCACUAAAUCACUGUUGCUGUUUUUCCGACAAAUUAGCAUUUUUCCAGUUUACAUGAUGGAAAGGCCAUUUAUCACAAAUGUGUAGAUGAAGUUUAUCAUACGCAAGACCAAGGGGAAAGAAACGCAGGCUGGGUUGUGGUGGCACACACCUGUAAUCCCAGCACUUGGGAGGCAGAAGCAGGUGAAUCCCUGUGAGUUUGAGGCCAGCCUGGUCUACAAGAGCUAGUUCCAGGACAGCUAGGACUGUUAUACAGGGAAACCCUGUCUCGAAAAACAAACAAACAAACAAAAAAAAAAAACAAAAAGAAGAAGAAGAAAGAAAUGCUAUACAUUCAAUUACUAGGGCAGGACAAAGGAAAUCCAGCACUGGCUAAAGAUGCCCUUCUACGGCAAUGUAACCUGAAUAAAGAAGUGGUUGAAAGAAACAAAUGGGUAACGUAAUUAAAAAGCAGCAGCACAUUCAAGACUGGACACAUGAAUAUCCCACUAGCACAGGGGUGGCUGAAUGUGGACAGAAGCACAGGCUGCAGAAGGACAAUUAAAUGAUACUAACUAGAAGCAAGCUGUUCUCUGCAAGGCAGGCACCGGCGGCACCGGCAGAUGGCCUGUGUACCUUUAGUGACGAAUGAAGGCACACAGAAAGAAAGAAAAUACUGUGCUCCAAAAUGCAAACAGAUCCCUAAAAAACAAGUAACCCCGCUACCAAUGUUAGCAACAGUACUAAGGAGGGGAGGAGUUGCAUUCUCAGCUCGAUUGCUCUUGAAUGAAUAUCCGCGUAAUGGACAGAUGUGCUCAGGCUGCAGGAGCACCAAGCAGUGGUGAUGACGUCACCAUUAACUUCAGCUUGAGUUUACAUAAGUUCAUUAUGUGUGCUAUGAUGGCAUGGUAUUUUAGCAUACAUGUGCAUAGAUUUCUAGAAUAAUGGUAAUUUAUGGAUAUAUUUGGGGUAAGCCAACCCACAACUAAAAAUAUGUUGGUGAAAUCAUUAAAUAUAUCCUGGGCUAUAUA